AUGGAGGAGAAAUUUGGAUUAAUUAUUAUUUUUCAACCAAUUUUUCAGGUUUCAAGUAGCGAGAACCCUUUGAUCCUAGAUUUGUGGAAGCAUGGAUAUGUUCUGAAGAUUAUGAACUCUGUCGAUUCAAGAAACAUUCCAUUUGUAGAGGCUCAAAAUGAACUCAUGAUAUUUUUAAAUGAAAACAAUGUAUCUACACCAAGACCAGUGAAAAAUGUUGAUGGAAGUUAUCACUCGAUCUUGGAAGUCAGCCUUGAGGAAGGAGGCUCAGUUAGCUACGUAGUGCGACUUCUAACGUAUCAACCAGGGUUGCUAUUGAAAGAUGUCAAACCGUCAAGUGCCUUAUUCUACAGUAUUGGGCUGUUCGCAGCAAAUUUGGAUCUCAAAAUGAAGGAAUUCAGCCAUGAGGGAUUUUCUUCGAGACGUACCUCUUGGAGCCUGGAGUGUUUACCCCAAGUGAAAAGUCAUCUUUUUGUGUUGAAAGAUGAAGAUAAACUCGACAUUGUCAAUGAAAUCAUUGAACAAUUCGAGGAGAAUGUUAUUAGUAGGCUAGAAACAUUACAGAAAGGCCCAAUACACGGUGAUCUGAAUGAGCAAAAUAUAAUAGUUGAGAAAACAGAAUUAGAUUAUGAGAUGUGCUCGAUCAUUGACUUCGGGGACUCGCAUGUAUCAGCUUACGUGUUCGAGCUGUCCAUUCUGAUGUGCUAUCUGCUCAUGUUGACACAGUCAGCCGAUGAGGGAAGAGACGUGGUGGCUGGAUACUCAUAUUUAUUGAAAUUACCGGAGGACGAACUCAAACUAUUGAAAGUGUGUAUCUGUGGUCGAUUGGUUCAAAGCUUGGUAUUAGGACUCUACUUCUACUCUAAAAACCCUACCAACACAUACAUCCUAUGUACCCAGGAGGAAGGUUGGAAACUUUUGAAAAAACUUUGGCAAAUUGACUCGGACACUUUACACACGUUAUGGUGUUCCGGAAUUGAUUCAAUCAGAGAAAAUUGAUUGGAUAACAACUUCUAAAAUAAUUCAAGUAUUAAUAUAGCAAUAAUCUGACGUUUCAAUAGCAAUAACAUUUUACAAUAUAAAUGACACACUUCUAUAUUAAUUUAUUUUUCCUACAGUUACCUUAAAAAGUGAACAUUCCUGCACUGAUUACUGAACGCAAAGAAUCACUUUUCCGCUCUAGUGCGCAAAGUAUUAGCCUACUUUGCGUACUCUACUUCAGGUAUUAUCUGGCAGCCAUCCUAAUCAGCUGUUGACAUUUUUGGCGUGUAUUUUGAAUGCGAAUUUGUUCUAUCUAUAUUUUUUCUGAUUUUCA